AUGUCUGUUGAUGUAGCCAUGCCCACGCCGUCUAAUCAGCGUGACAAAAACCAGGGCUCGUUUUUGAAUUCGACGGGUAGCAAGUCUAUCCUCCAGAAUGACGAUCAGAAUAUGUCUAUAGUGAUUUCGUCAAUUGUGUAUUUUGUUCAAGGUGUCUUGGGCCUUGCCAGGCUCGCCGUCAGUUUUUAGCGAUUAGAUCCUGCUGAGGUAUGCUGUAACCGUUACAUUUCUGCAUAUCUUUCAAGUAAUUUUUUUUUUCGUUGCAGUGAUUCUGUUCCACUCUUUGGUUAUCGAAUCAUACUUGUUCUUUCAGGACUUCUUGGUGCACUUUCUUGGAGUUUGAUGUCUAACUUUGUUGAUAGCAAGUACAGUGCUGCCUUCUCUAAACUUCUUGGAUCCCUUUCUGUUGCCUUCUUGGAUCACUUCUUGGAGUUUGAUGUUGUUGUGGAUUCUGUGGUGGUAGAGAGGUCUCGUGGUGAGUCACGCGUGUCAAGAUCUCUUCAGUCUAUAUGUUGGGGGUAAUCGGCUUUUGGUGGGAUUGUGAGCUCUUACUUCAGGGGCUCUCUGGUAGAUGCUUAUGGUGUAAGGUUUGUUUUUGGUGUUACAGCGUUGCUACCUCUGAUAACAUCUGCAGUUGCUGUUCCUUUGCAACAUCUACUUGUGAAAGAACAGCGUGUGCUUGGUUCCACAAGUGGAGUGAAUCUUGCUUUGACUGGUCCUGGUUUCCAGGAAAGCUCAAAGCAUCAUAUUAUUCAGUUGUGAUUACCAUACUCCUUAUCUCUUCAGUCCAAUGUGUUCUUUCCCACAUUAUUUAUUUUCCUGUGGCAGGCAACACCGCAGUACUCCUUAUCGUUUAAAUUUUUCACAUAUAAAAUUGGUUUUACCCCAGAAUUUCUUGGACGCGUCAAGCUUGUUACCUCAGUUGCAUCAUUGCUUGGGGUUGGGCUGUAUAAUGGAUUUUUGAAAAGUGUUCCUUUGCACAAGAUCGUAUGUAUUCAUUCUUUUGCUAAUGUUUUCUCUCGGGUUUUCCUUGUUACUGGUUUACACAGAAAGUUUGGGAUAAGUGAUGGGUGGUUUGCUACUGGAGAUUCUUUGAUUCUAAGUGUCCUUGGCCAGGCUUCUUUCAUGCCAGUUCUUGUGCUAGCAGCGAAUUAGUUAUGUCCAGAGGGCAUGGAAGCGACACUUUUUGCAACCCUUAUGUCCAUUUCAAAUGGAGGGAGUGUUCUUGGAGGCCUGAUUGGUGCUGGUCUGACUCAAUUCUGA